AUGACGCUGCUCACACUGCUGGAUGCAUAUCUAACCACCUAUGAGUCGGUGCUGCGCAUCUUGCAUGUUCCGGGGUUUCGCCAUGAUUACAGACGAUUUUGGGCCGGGUCUCCUUCCAACUGCCCGCCGGAUCUUGAUCAGGUGUUUCUGUGCAAGCUGGUGAUAUGCAUCGCCCUGGGCGCCUUCGUCUGCCCCGACCUCGACGCUGCGGUUGAUGCUCCCCCCGAUCAGCGACAGGACGGCAGCAGUCUGAGAGAACAGGCAAAGCAAUGGGUCGCUUACGGGAAGCAGUGGCUGGCGCGGAAGAUAAUGGCAGGGUCCCGAGCAGACACAAACACUGCACAAGUCAUCUGUUUACUGGCGCUGUCACGGCACACAGGCCCGAUCAACACGGCCUCGACCGGCUCACUGUGGUCUCCUGGGGACCAUGACCUAACCCGAGUAGCGAUGCAGAUGGGAUUGCAUCGUGAUCCCACCACUGUCGAUCCAGACAUGCCGGCCCGAGAGGUCGAGCUUCGUCGGCGGCUGUGGGCGACAAUGCUGGAAUUAUCCCUACAGCUGUCCCUUGACCAUGGUCUCCCAGCCCCGAUCUCUCCAGAAAGCUACGACUGCGCGCCCCCGUCAGAAUUUGCAGACGACGACACGACCGGUGCCGAAGCUGAUCCGGGGUCAUCCGCCUCUCUCACGAGCUUUUUCAUGGAUUACGGAUUGCCGAGGACGAACCCACUGGUCAUCCUGGCGCAGACGCAACGCCUACGGCUGCAGAUCUUACACGUAGUGCAUUCUCCAGGGGCUGCCAAGUCCUUUGAAGACACACACCGGCUCUCGGCUGAGCUGAGGGCGGUCUACUGUGCAGGGAUUCAGAGGUUGUUGACUUUGCAGAAGAAGCCCACAGUCUUUCAGCUCAAGCUGCUGGACGCCUUCACGCUGCCGUUUGUGCUCGCACCGCACGCCAAGUUUGCUGCUUCUUCCACGGCGAAUCCUGCAUACUACUUUUCUCGCAGAGUGCGGAUGGAGGUUUCAAUGCUGCUUUUGGCCAGCCAGUUGCCCGGCUCAACGGCAGCGCCUCCUCCGACCAGUGGGCUUGACGAAGCCAUCCCCACCGCUGACAGCAUGACCGCCAUGGCCGCCAAUUCCACCAGUUCUACAGGCGCCUCGGCCGCGUCUGCUGCUUCAGACGCUUUAACAGCUCUUCGGAUAUACGGCCAAGGGCAUUUUGCCACGUUGCAGUGGCAUGCUAUUCUAGCCCUUUGCCUUGACAUGAUCAGCGAGCUCGAGGACAGCUUCUUCCCGGCAGUCAACGGCGCAAGCUGGCGGCAACUCCAAGGGACAAUCCAGGCGUACGUCACGGUUCUCGAGCGACGAGUACGAACCUCAGCGGGGGCCACGUCGGCACGCGAGUUCCUCUUCUGCUCCUGCGCGGAAGCGUACAUCGGGGCAAUGAUGAGGGGAGACAGGGAAACUGACCAGGUUAUUGCAUCGGCUGGCUAUUCCGCGCUGACGCUGUGUUGCGAUAUCAUGGAGCAGGGGCUCCAGAAGCGGCGCAUAGUCGCUUAA